GUGCCUGCCCGCGGAGAGCGCGGCGGCCGCAGCGGGCUUGCAGCGCCGGACGGAGCAGGCGGCGGCGGCGGGGGCCCUCGGCCUCGUCCUCUGACCCCGCAGACCCGCGGCGGAGGAACGGGGAAAUCCGGACCCGAGAACGGAGGAUGCCCAUUUAACCCGUCCUCUGCUGCCCGUCCGGCUGCCGGGCACUCGCCUCAGUGCCCGCCGCGGGCGCCUGGGAGCCGCGCCCGGGAAGUGCCGCAUGGGGCAGGGCCGCUGAAGCGCGGGUUCGGGGUCGCGCCGCUCCAAGGCGCGCGCGGGUGCGCGGUGCAGCGCUUGGCACAGUUUCGGCGCGCCUUCAGCGCGGGAGUUGGGGGCGCGGUGCGCCUGGCCGGCCUCCCCGGUGCCCUCGCGGGGCGUGAGUUAUGGAGACGCCUAGCUGCAUUCAGGAUGAGCCGUUCCCUCACCCCCUGGAGCCCGAGCCGGGCGCUGGGAAGCCGGGCGACAAGCGGUUCCGGCUAUGGUACGUGGGGGGGUCGUGCCUGGACCGCAGGACCACGCUGCCCAUGCUGCCCUGGCUCAUGGCUGAGAUUCGCCGGCGCAGCCAGAAGCCCGAGGCGGGAGGCUGCGGGGCGCCGGCGGCCCGCGAGGUGCUCCUGGUGCUCAGCGCGCCGCUCCUGCGCUGCGUCCCCGCGCCGGGUGCUGGGCCCUCGGGGGGCACCAGCCCCGCGGCCGCGCAGCCCAACCCGGCCGUGUUCAUCUUCGAGCACAAGGCGCAGCACAUCUCGCGCUUCAUCCACAACAGCCACGACCUCACCUACUUUGCCUACCUGAUCAAGGCGCAGCCAGACGACCCCGAGUCGCAGAUGGCCUGCCACGUUUUCCGCGCCACAGACCCUAACCAGGUUCCUGAUGUCAUCAGCAGCAUAAGGCAGUUAUCCAAAGCGGCCAUGAAAGAGGACGCCAAACCCAGCAAAGAUAAUGAGGACGCCUUUUACAACUCUCAGAAGUUCGAAGUCCUGUACUGUGGAAAGGUGACAGUGACCCACAAGAAGGCCCCGUCCAGCCUCAUCGAUGACUGCAUCGAAAAGUUCAGCCUGCACGAGCAGCAGCGCCUGAAGAGCCAGGGGGAGCCGCGCAGCGCGGACCCCGGCGAGGACCCGGCCGUCUUGGGGGUGGCGGCGCCGGGGCCCCCCGGAAGCUGCCCGCCCGGGGAGGCGGACGGCGUCGCCCAGCCCGGGCCGCCCGGCCCCCGGGGGUGCUUCCCCGAGCGGAUUUUGGAAGAUUCUGGCUUCGAUGAGCAGCAGGAGUUCCGGUCUCGGUGCAGCAGCGUCACCGGGCCGCAAAGGAAAGUCCCCGAGAGCAGCCAGAAGCCGCAGCCGCGAAGGAGACACGCGAGCGCGCCCAGCCACGUGCAGCCGUCGGACUCGGGGCAGAACAGAACGAUGCUCUUCCAGGUUGGGCGAUUUGAGAUUAACCUUAUCAGUCCAGACACUAAAUCAGUUGUGCUAGAAAAGAAUUUUAAAGAUAUCUCUUCUUGUUCUCAGGGUAUAAAGCAUGUGGAUCACUUUGGCUUUAUCUGUCGGGAGUCUGCAGAGCCGGGGCUGAGCCAGUAUAUUUGUUAUGUGUUCCAGUGCGCCAGUGAAUCUCUGGUGGAUGAGGUAAUGCUGACUCUGAAACAGGCUUUCAGUACGGCCGCUGCCCUGCAGAGCGCCAAGACCCAGAUCAAGCUGUGUGAGGCCUGCCCUAUGCACUCUUUGCAUAAGCUCUGUGAGAGGAUUGAAGGUCUCUACCCGCCGAGAGCCAAGCUGGUAAUACAGAGGCAUCUCUCAUCACUGACAGAUAAUGAGCAAGCUGACAUCUUUGAGAAAGUUCAGAAAUUGAAGCCAGUAAGUGACCAGGAAGAAAAUGAACUUGUGAUUUUACACCUGAGGCAGCUGUGUGAAGCCAAGCAGAAGACACACGUGCACAUCGGGGAAGGCCCAUUGACUAUUUCAAAUAGUGCAGUCCCGGAAAAUGCUACAAGCAGUGGAAGGUUCAAACUUGACAUUCUGAAAAAUAAAGCUAAGAGAUCCUUAACUAGCUCCCUGGAAAAUAUCUUCUCAAGGGGAGCUAACAGAAUGAGAGGUCGGCUUGGAAGUGUGGAUAGCUUUGAACGAUCCAACAGUCUUGCUUCAGAGAAGGACUGCUCACCGGGGGACUCUCCACCAGGGACACCACCAGCCUCCCCGCUGUCUUCCGCUUGGCAAACGUUCCCUGAAGAGGAUUCCGACUCCCCGCAGUUUCGAAGACGGGCACACACGUUCAGCCACCCACCUUCAAGUACAAAGAGAAAGCUGCAUUUACAGGACGGCAGGGCUCACGGUGUGCGCUCCCCCCUGCUGAGGCAGAGCUCCAUCGAACAGUGCAGUGAUGGAGAAGGGAGAAAAAGGACCUCAUCAACCUGCAGCAAUGAGUCCUUAAAUGCUGGAGGGCACUCUGUCACUCCUCGCCGGAUCUCCUGGCGACAGCGCAUUUUCCUCAGGGUUGCAUCUCCCGUGAACAAAUCUCCCUCCGCGAUGCAGCAGCAAGAUGGGCUGGACAGGAAUGAGCUGCUGCCACUGUCCCCUCUUGCUCCCACCAUGGAGGAGGAACCGCUGGUUAUAUUCCUGGCUGGUGACGAUGACCCAGAAAUGAUUGAAGAAGAAAAGAAAUCGAAGGAACUGAGGAGUUUGUGGAGAAAAGCUAUACACCAACAAAUCUUGUUGCUUCGAAUGGAAAAAGAAAACCAGAAGCUUGAAGCAAGCAGAGAUGAACUGCAGUCCAGAAAAGUUAAAUUAGACUAUGAAGAAGUCAGUGUAUGUCAAAAGGAGGUCUUAAUAACCUGGGAUAAGAAGUUGUUAAACUGCAGAGCUAAAAUCAGAUGUGAUAUGGAAGAUAUUCACACGACUCUUAAAGAAGGAGUUCCCAAAAGUCGUCGAGGAGAAAUCUGGCAAUUUCUAGCUUUGCAGUACCGCCUGAGACACCGAUUGCCUAAUAAACAGCAGCCGCCUGACAUAUCCUAUAAAGAACUUUUGAAGCAGCUCACUGCUCAGCAGCAUGCUAUUCUCGUGGACUUAGGAAGGACAUUUCCUACUCACCCUUACUUUUCAGUUCAGCUUGGGGCAGGGCAGCUGUCACUCUUUAAUCUCCUAAAAGCGUAUUCUCUGCUGGACAAAGAAGUGGGUUACUGUCAGGGGAUCAGCUUUGUGGCUGGAGUCCUGCUUCUUCACAUGAGUGAAGAGCAAGCCUUUGAAAUGCUGAAAUUCCUCAUGUACGACCUCGGCUUCCGCAAGCAGUAUAGACCUGACAUGAUGUCGCUACAGAUUCAGAUGUACCAGCUGUCCAGGCUCCUUCAUGACUAUCACAGAGAUCUCUACAAUCAUCUUGAAGAAAAUGAAAUCAGCCCCAGUCUUUAUGCUGCCCCCUGGUUCCUCACACUGUUUGCCUCUCAAUUUUCAUUAGGAUUUGUAGCCAGAGUUUUUGAUAUUAUUUUUCUUCAGGGAACUGAAGUUAUAUUUAAGGUUGCACUCAGCCUACUGAGCAGCCAAGAGGCACUUAUAAUGGAAUGUGAAAACUUUGAGAAUAUUGUUGAAUUUCUUAAAAGCACACUGCCUGAUAUGAAUACCUCUGAAAUGGAAAAAAUUAUUACCCAGGUUUUCGAGAUGGAUAUUUCUAAGCAGUUACACGCCUAUGAGGUGGAAUAUCACGUGCUGCAGGAUGAGCUUCAGGAAUCAUCCUAUGCCUGUGAGGAUAGUGAACCUAUGGAAAAACUGGAGAGGGCCAAUAGCCAACUGAAAAGACAAAAUAUGGACCUCCUAGAAAAAUUACAGGUGGCUCAUGCUAAAAUCCAGGCCUUGGAAUCAAACCUGGAAAACCUUUUGACCAGAGAGACCAAAAUGAAGUCUUUAAUCCGGACUCUGGAACAAGAAAAAAUGGCUUAUCAAAAGACCGUGGAGCAAAUCCGGAAGCUACUGCCGGCCGAUGCUCUAGCCAAUUGUGAAGUGCUGCUGAGAGACCUCAACUGCAACCCUAACAACAAAGCCAAGUCAGGAAAUAAGCCAUAAAUUAAGAGGCGCGGUCUCAGCAGAAAGUGCUCCUUAGAAUACUACGGGAAGGAAGAGCCUGCAUGCUGCUGGCCCCACGCUGGACCCCGACGCUAAUGGAGCCACCUCCUACCGGUGCUCAGCCCCUAGUCACAGCAGGUGGACCUCGCUGUCAUCAGAGCAUGCCAAUCCUAAGCCAUUGUACAUAUGUAGUCUGGUUUUUGUUGUUGUCGCCCUGUACAUAUAUAUAAAAUGAACAUAAGAGAGUUCAUGCUUUUUAGAGCAAAAUGUGUAGAUGUAUAUUUAGAGCAAUUUUUUUAGUCAAAACUUCAUGAAAUCCACACCAAAGGGAAGUUAAAGUGGAAUUCCCCUUGGACACAUGUGAAAUCUUUUUGUCUUUUAAAGUGAAACAAAGCUAGAGCAUCUUUGUAUAUUGAAAUAUACUU